CCAUUUUUGGAUAGUGCCGGAAUGCUACGAGUAGGUGGCAGGAUCAGCAAAUCCAACCUCAGUGAAAACAUGAAGCAUCCUUUAAUUCUGCCUCACAACCACCAUUUAACGAACUUACUCAUAGAUCAAGGUCACGAAAUGACAUUCCAUGGCGGAGCGCGUUUAACUCUCGCAUGGCUCCGUCAACAAUAUUGGAUUGUAGGAGGAAACAACGCUGUUAAAAGAAGACUUCGCAAUUGUAUUAAAUGCAAGAGACAUAAUCCUGUGCUUCAAAACCAAGUAAUGGGAGACUUACCUGCAUCGAGGACUAAUCCGACUCGACCCUUCCACCAUACCGGGGUUGACUUUACGGGUUUUGUAGACAUUAAAUCUGCCAAAGGACGAGGUAUCAAAACUACCAAAGGGUAUGUCGCCGUUUUUGUCUGUAUGGUGACCAAGGCAGUGCACUUGGAGUUAGUCUCAGAUCUGACGUCAUCUGCCUUCUUAGCGGCGCUCCGAAGACUCGCCGCACGACGAGGAGCACCUCAGCAUAUAUACAGCGACAACGGGACUAAUUUCGUGAAGGCUAACAGGAGGCUAAGAGAGGAAAUGAUAGACUUGAAAUCAACCAUAGAUGAACAUUUCUACACGGAAAUCACCAACAUGGAGAUCGAAUGGCAUUUUAACGCCCCUUCCUGGCCAAGCGCCGGGGGCCUCUGGGAAGCUGCAGUCAAAAGUUUAAAAUAUCAUCUUCGAAGGGUAAUAGGAGAGCAAAGAUUAACGUAUGAAGAGUUCUCAACCAUACUCGCUCAACUCGAAGGCUGUCUAAACUCCAGGCCUCUUUGUGCUUUAAGCGAAGAUCCAAACGACAUCGACUUUCUAACUCCUUCACACUUUCUCUCCAGCGGACCUAUUCUAACUGUGAUUGAAUCAGAAAAGGACGAACGCACUAGAUGGCAGUUAACACAAAAAAUAUUCCAAGACAUUUGGAAACGUUGGCGAAGCGAAUAUUUAACCCAAAUAACAGCUCGUUCAAAAUGGCAAAAACCAAAGAAAAACAUGGAACUCGAAGACAUUUUUUUAAUACACGACGCCAACUUACCAGCAGGGAAAUGGGCCCUUGGACGGGUGGUAAAACUCCACCCAGGAAAGGAUGGUUACGUCAGGGUUGUAACCGUAAAAACCAAAAACGGAUACAUAACAAGACCUGUCGUAAAACUGUCAAUAUUACCAGUACACAGCGACCAAGUACCCGACCUACCUCAACAAACUGCGGCGGAGUCAAACAGAACAAUUACAAAUCAUAACAACACAAACAAAACCAAAAUAAACAGUACGCGACCUAAAGGAAUGUCACAAUGUCACCUGAUUACUUUGGCGCUUAUGCUGUUAACACUACUGAUAUCACCUAUA